AUGAAAAAUCUGCGGUCUGAUAAAAGUCUUGCUCUUUGUCAAUGGUUAGAAGAACGUGCUCUUACUGUUGUCAAUGGCCAGCUCUCACCAUGCAUACCUACAUUCAUUUCAUUCCGCCAAAAUGUGGAGAUAAGCAGUAUCAUUGAUCUGUUUAUCACUAAUAUGUCCCUCACCAAUGCCACUCUCAACAUUCAUACCGACCUCUCACUCAACUCUGACCACCGUCUGCUUUCACUUUCAUUUACAUAUGCCAUCAAUCCAACAUCACAUGCACCACCACCAUCUCGCAAAACAUGGAACCUCUCACGUCUUCAAGAGCCUGAUGUUCUCAAACUAUAUGCCCACACAUUUGUCACUAAUUCCACCAACCUCAAAUCCACUUUGCAAUCGACCUUCGAACACCCUCCUUCCUCACGUCCACCAAUUGAUGCACUAACUGAUGAAUUCAACUCACUCAUUUAUAAUUCUUUAAGUAGCUCAAUUGGCAACCGUCCUCCCCGUCCUUCCCACUGGAAAAAAUUCUGGAAUUCAGUACUUCAAGCAGCUGUGGAGCACCGCAAUUUCUGCUACAAGAAAUGGCGCCAUGCAUGUGGUAUAGACAGAAUUUAUUGGUGGGAUAAGCAUCUCAAAGCGCAGGCAGAAUUCCGACAUCAAGUGCAAUCAUCUAAGCGCCAAUCAUGGCAUGCUUUCUGCAAAUCAAUGGAACAAGACUUUUCCAAAGCAACAUCAAAGAUCAAGCUACUCAAACGCCGACGGCAGCCUCAGCACAUGUUUCAACAUAGUGAUGGACCAGCAACAGCAGCAACAAUUAUGUGUGAGCAUCUUGCAUCUGUAUACAGUAGCAGUAUCCUCCCAGAUCAGUGUCCUCCUCCUCCUCUUCACAGUACUAGUCUGCCUUUUGCCUCUGCCAACUCGCCAUUUGUUUCUUCAGUAGUAGAGGGAUGCAUGCAAUUUAUGCCUAACUGCAAGGCACCAGGCCCAGAUCAUAUCAGAGCAGAAAUGUUGAAAGUAAUUCGACCACAAAUUGCUCCACUACUCUCACUCUUGUUCACCAUCUGCAUCUUUGGACCAUCUGUUGUCACUCAUCGUCGUUCUGGAGCAUUGGCUGCUAUGGCAACUCUUACUGCUGUUGGUGCAUGUAGAUCUGGUUUCAGUUUGCUCUUAAGUUCACGUCUGUUCAAAACCUUUAUACGACCAAAAUUCGAGUAUGGUCUUGCAAUCACAUGUCUUUUGCAAAAAGAUGUUUUACUUCUAGAGAAAAUUCAAGAUAAAUGCUUGCGAAUGAUUGUUGGUGGCCAUGCAACUUCAUCUACUGUGGUCUUGAAACAUAUCUGCAAUCUGCCCAGUAUGGCUUUUCGCGUUGACAUUCUCAAAACAAAAUUUUGUCUUUGGGCACACACUCUUCCUUCUGGUUGUCUUCUCUCUCUGCUCCAUUCUCAUCAUCUCCAAGCAUCAACACUAUCCACUCUUCACACAAACCUUCUUUUUGCCAGCAUUCCUCCUGAUCUUAAUUGCUCCAGCCACAUAAAACUAUUCAAGCACUUUGAGUCUUUUAGACAAGAAAAGUUUGCUCACUUUUGUCUCACCAACACUAAGAUUCUCAUCCAAGCUUGCCGCCCUCUUCUUGGAGUUGAUCCUGUAUUGUUUCUUCCUGCUACACGCAUAGAACGUGGCCGUCUAGUACGUUGGAGAAUGGGCUGGUUGCCUGGUAACCCAAAGGAGUGUGCAUGUGGCUUUGAUCAUACUUCAAGACGCCAUCUCCAAUUCUGCAUCACAAUCCCAUCUCAGCUGUUAUCUCAACUUCCAGCACCACCCACAGAUGAAGACAACAUCAUUGACUUUGCUAUAUCAGCACUACCAAUCUCGUCUACAUAUCCAAGCCCUCUAUAUCGGAAAGCUCUUCUUACAAUACUAUGGCAUAUUGACAUGCUAUGCAAUCCUAAUGGCAACUACACACAUGAAAACGAUCAUGGUUCUCUCUGGCACUAG